CUCCACAGCUCCAACAUGCCAGCAGCGUCCGGAAAGAGGUUCAAACCCAGCAAGUACGUCCCGGUCUCAGCUGCUGCCAUCUUCCUAGUGGGAGCCACCACCCUCUUCUUUGCCUUCACGUGCCCGGGGCUCAGUCUCUAUGUCUCCCCUGCCAUUCCUGCCUACAAUGCUGUUGUCUUCCUCUUUGUACUGGCCAACUUCAGCAUGGCCACCUUCAUGGACCCAGGCAUCUUCCCACGAGCGGAGGAGGACGAGGACAAGGAGGAUGACUUCCGAGCCCCUCUCUACAAGACGGUGGAGAUCAAGGGCAUCCAGGUGCGCAUGAAGUGGUGUGCCACCUGCCGCUUCUACCGGCCCCCGCGCUGCUCCCACUGCAGCGUCUGCGACAACUGCGUCGAGGAGUUCGACCAUCACUGCCCCUGGGUCAACAACUGCAUCGGGCGCCGCAACUAUCGCUACUUCUUCCUCUUCCUGCUCUCCCUCACCACGCACAUCAUGGGCGUCUUUGGCUUUGGACUGCUCUAUGUCCUCUACCAGGUGGAGGAGCUCUCCGGGGUCCGCAUGGCCGUCACCAUGGUGGUGAUGUGUGUGGCUGGCUUGUUCUUCAUCCCUGUGGCUGGCCUGACAGGCUUCCACGUGGUGCUGGUGGCAAGAGGCCGUACCACCAACGAACAGGUGACAGGCAAGUUCCGUGGCGGUGUCAACCCCUUCACCAACGGCUGCUGUAGGAAUGUCAGCCGGGUCCUCUGCAGCUCCCCAGCCCCCAGGUACCUCGGGCGUCCGAGGGCCGAGCAGACGGUGCUGGUGAGACCUCCCUUCCUGCGGCCAGAGGUGUCGGACGGUCAGAUCACUGUCAAGAUCAUGGACAAUGGUAUCCAGACAGAGCUCAAGAGGACGAAGUCCAAAGGAAGCCUGGAGGUGACGGAGAGCCAGUCUGCGGAUGCUGAGCCACCCCCCCCACCUAAGCCAGACCUCAGCCGCUACACAGGCCUGAGGACACACUUAACCUUGGCCACCACCGAGGACAGCGGCUUGCUAGGCAAGGACAGCCCCCCGACACCCACCAUGUACAGGUACCGGCCUGGCUACAGCAGCAGCAGCAGCUCCGCAGCCCUGCCUCACUCCACCAGUGCCAAGCUGAGCCGUGUGAACAGCCUGAAGGAGCCCAACUCCAUCUGCGAGGGUGGCCACAAGCCCAACUACCGCUCCGAGCCCAGCCUGGAGCCCGACAGCUUCCGCUCCCCCACCUUCGGCAAGAGCUUUCCCUUCGACCCACUCUCCAGUGGGAGCCGCUCCUCCAGCCUCAAGUCCGCCCAGGGCACAGGCUUUGAGAUGGGCCACCUGCAGUCCAUCCGCUCCGAGGGCACCACCUCCACCUCCUACAAGAGCCUGGCCAACCAGACGCGCAACGGCAGCCUGUCCUACGACAGCCUGCUGACGCCCUCCGACAGCCCCGACUUCGAGUCGGUGCAGGCGGGCCCGGAGCCCGAACCGCCGGUGGGCUACACCUCGCCUUUCCUCUCGGCCCGCAUCGCCCAGCAGCGGGAGCCCGACCUGCACGGCCGCUUCGCCAUCUCCUCGCCCAAGCAGGCGCCGCCGCGGGAGCCCUCGCCCGUGCGCUACGACAACCUCUCCCGGCACAUCGUGGCCUCCAUCCAGGAGCGGGAGAAGCUGCUGCAGCAGCCGCCGGCCGCGGGCCGGGAGGAGGAAGCGGCGCUGGCGGACUCGGGGAUCCAGUCCACGCCGGGCUCCAGCAACGCCCCCCGCAGCAGCUCCUCCUCGGACGAUUCGAAGCGUUCGCCUCUGGGCAAAAACCCUCUCACCCGCCCGGCCCCGCCCCGCUUCGGCAAGCCCGAACCCCCCCGGGGGCGCUCCCUGGGCUCCCCGGAGCAGCCCCCCGCCCCCCACCUGGGAAAAUCUGUGUCUUACAGCAGCCAAAAAACAGCGUCUCAGGCCAGCAGCCCCGAGGCCGACGAGGUGGCCUUGCAGCCCUUACUAGCACCGAAGGAUGAGGUGCAGAUGAGAACAGCCUACAGCAAGUCCAAUGGGCAGCCCAAGAGCCUGGGUGCGGCCCCCCCGGGCCCAGGGCAGGUGCCCCUCAGCAGCCCCACGCGUGGAGGAGUCAAAAAGGUCUCCGGUGUGGGGGGUACCACCUACGAGAUCUCGGUAUGA